CGUGUUUUUCUCCAUCCGCCUCAGAGUUUUCUUCUUCACUUCUGCACCAGCCUUUGCUUCAAGCAUCCUUCUUUCUUCAAAUUUCUCCAAGUAACUAAUAUCGAUUUCUAAUUUAGGGUUUUGCUGCUUUCUCAUUGGGAUUCGAUCUUGUGGUUUUUGGCAACCAUUAUAUCUUAUGCUUGAAUGAUUUUUUAGUUUCUGGAUUUUAAUGAAUUUGGAAAGGUGCUAUGGCGGCUACAUGGCCCAUUUUUUAUUCCAUUGUCCGUGCCAUGACCACUAUCAUGAGUUUUACCAUGUCAAGUUGAUGCUUCUUACGAUUUGAAGACGUAUUUCCAAGAUUGUUUUUGACGUUACUGGUCUCUGAUAUGAUUUCGCAGGAAACAAUGGAGGCCUUGGAGGGUUUAGACAGUGGGUCACAUUUAUCAAGCUUAAAUGGAGAUGAUAGCAACAUGAUGAUUUUGAUGCACAAGAAAAAGAAAAWUAAUAAAGAGAGAAGUUUGAAACAGGGAUCUCUGAAGUCAAAGAAAAGGGAGAGACCUAAACCAAGCAGCUCCCAGAAGARAAAGCUGAAGAAGCUUGAUGAGGAAAAGGAGAAAUCGGUUCUCUUAUCUAAAAGCCUAGAGACAUUAGAGAAAUACAAAAUUCAAGAGGAUGCUUAUUCACUCAUGUGGUCUUCACGCAAUUUGGGCCAGGUUGAAACUGCCCGUGAGAAACGCAGAAGAGAAAUGCAGUUUGCUAAGACGGGUUUGGUACUGCAGCAUAGUGAUCGACCUUUAAAAAGAAGAGCUAGUAACAGUUAUUCUUGUGRGAUUGAACUUGCUUCGGGUGAAAUUUACUCAAACCAAGUUGACACAGAGGAUGUCUUUAUUCAGCCCAUGAACAGAGAUAUCAAAAUCGCAAAUGUCAAACCUUCUCCGAGAUCUUCUGUAGAGCUACCAUGCAGCAAAGGAGCUGAAGCCAUUGGUGCAUUAGACCCUUCUUCGUCUGCUAAGAAAGUUGAUAAUGAGCAUAAUGACACACCCAUGCUAGACGAUCCCAAAGCUUCAUUGCCAACAUCUAGCUGUAGUAGAAGCAUCGCAAAAUCAGUGGAGGUAAGCUGCUUUGCAAACAGCACGGUUAGUUGUCCAUCACCGAAACCUCUAGCGRUCCCCACAGUGGUUCAUGUAUCUAGGCCGAAGGAGGUUGAGAGCAAUAGAAUGGAUCUUCCUAUAGUCAUGAUGGAGCAGGAGAUAAUGGAAGCCAUAUAUGAGAAUACCAAUGUCAUCAUAUGUGGAGAAACAGGGUGUGGUAAGACUACUCAAGUUCCUCAGUUCCUAUAUGAAGCAGGAUUUGGUUCAAAACAGUGUAGUACUCGAAGUGGCAUUAUUGGUGUUACCCAACCACGUCGAGUUGCUGUCCUUGCAACUGCAAGGCGGGUGGCAUUUGAGCUUGGGCUUCGUCUAGGCAAGGAGGUCGGUUUCCAAGUUAGGCAUGACAAGAAGAUUGGAGAGAACUGCUCCAUCAAGUUCAUGACUGAUGGAAUAUUGCUUCGAGAAUUGCAGAAUGAUUUUCUGUUGAAGCGAUACUCAGCAAUAAUAUUGGAUGAGGCUCAUGAAAGGAGUCUGAAUACGGACAUACUUACUGGAAUGCUAUCUCGCAUUAUAGUAGAACGCCAGAAAAUACAUGAACAGCAGAAAUCAUAUGAGCUUUCGACCGGAAAGAUGAUUAGCCCUGAAAAGAAGAUCUUUCCGUUAAGACUCAUAUUGAUGAGUGCCACCUUGCGGGUUGAAGACUUUGUGUCCGAUGGUAAAAUCUUUGCUAAUCCACCGCCUGUAAUUGAAGUUCCAACUCGACAAUAUCCAGUAACUACACAUUUCUCAAAGAGAACAGAUAUAGUGGACUACCUUGGCCAAGCCUAUAAAAAGAUAUUGUCGAUUCACAAGAGACUUCCAUCUGGGGGAAUACUUGUAUUUGUGACGGGCCAAAGGGAAGUAGAAUACUUGUGUCGUAAGCUGCGUAACGCAUCUCUUGAGAUGACGAAGAGGAAGACCAAUGUUAAUAGUGAKGCACCUGUUGUCACCGACACGCUUAUAGAAUACGACAUGAAGGAGAUUGAUGAAGCAUUUAAGAUCGAAGGACAAUCAAGCCACCAACAAACAGACAGGUUUAGUUCUUUUGAUGAAGAUGAUUGUGAUUUGUCAGAAGAUGAAUCUUUUGCUUCCUUCGAAUCUGAUGAAGAGAGUGAUGUGGAGACAGUUGUUGAUAAAGUGAAUGUGUUGAAGCCUGAUAAUGUUUUAGGGGAAAAUGGAAAUUUUGCUUCACUGAAAGCUGCUUUUGAAGCUUUGUCCGGGAAAAGAACUUUGGACUCUAAGUCGGAUAGCUCUCAGGAUAAUCCUACUACUCCAGGUGAUUCAAAACAACCAGAUUCUAAUUCUGUAGCGAGGCAGGAGGCAAAUGAUGUGUCUCCUGGUGCAUUGUGUGUUCUACCCCUCUAUGCCAUGCUUCCUGCAUCUGCACAACUUCGUGUGUUUGAGGAGAUUAAGGAAGGAGAACGUUUAAUAGUCGUUGCCACUAAUGUUGCUGAAACCUCUCUAACAAUCCCAGGCAUAAAGUAUGUGGUUGAUACAGGAAGAGAAAAGGUCAAGAAUUACAAUUCUUCCAACGGAAUGGAAACAUAUGAAGUACAGUGGAUAAGUAAAGCAUCUGCAGCUCAGCGUGCUGGAAGAGCUGGAAGAACAGGGCCUGGCCACUGUUAUCGUCUCUAUUCUUCUGCUGUCUUUAACAACAUAUUUGCUGACUUUUCAACGGCUGAAAUCUUAAAAAUACCUGUUGAUGGUGUGGUUCUUCUCAUGAAAUCCAUGGGUAUUAAAGAGAUUACAAAGUUUCCAUUUCCUACUCCUCCUGAAGCUAAAGCCUUGUUUGAAGCAGAGGUUUGUUUAAAAUCUCUCCAAGCACUUGAUUGUGAUGGGAGGUUAACACCUCUUGGGAAGGCCAUGUCACAUUAUCCAAUGAGUCCUCGCCAUUCACGAAUGCUUCUUACAGUCAUUCAAAUCCUGAACAAGGGAAAAGGUUCCGCAAGACGAAACUUGAUUCUAGGAUAUGCACUUGCGGCUGCUGCAGCUUUGAGCUUGUCAAAUCCUUUCGUAAUGCAGUUUGAAGGAGGGYGUGCUGAUAUCGACACUUUGAAGCAGGAUCAAAACUCAAAUGUUAUCAGUAAGGAUGAAAAAGUGAAGAAAAGGAAACUGAAAGAAAAUGCUAAAACAUCCCGUGCUAAAUUUUCAAACCCUACCAGUGAUGCUUUAACGGUGGCUUACGCCUUGCAGUGCUUCGAACUAUCAGAAAACCAGGUGGAAUUCUGUGAUGAGAAUGCAUUACACCUUAAAACCAUGGAGGAAAUGUCAAAGUUGAGAAAACAGCUUCUGCAUUUAGUGUUUAACCAAACCCUGUGCGACACACAGCAGGAACUUGUGUGGACUUAUGGGAAUAUGGAGGAUGUAGAACGAGCUUGGAUGGUUUAUUCUAAUAAGCAUCCCCUGAUGUUGAAUGAGGAAGAGCUUUUGGGCCAAGCUAUAUGUGCCGGCUGGGCUGAUAGAGUUGCGAGACGUGUUAGAGGGAUUUCAGGAUUAUCGGAGGAAGACAGGAAAGUGAAUGCAGCAMGAUAUGAAGCUCACAAAGUAAGUGAAACAGUGUUCCUUCAUCGCUGGUCAUCUGUUUCGAGAACAGCCCCGGAGUUUUUGGUUUACAGCGAACUUGUUGACAGGAAACGGCCAUAUAUACAUGGAGCCACAAGAGUGAAACCGGAGUGGCUUGCUAGAUAUUCGGAGUAUCUUUGCAGUUUCUCUGCUCCACUUAUGGACCCUAGACCUUACUACGAGCCUCAGAGCGACCAAGUGUAUAACUGGGUGAGUGUAACUUUUGGCGACCAUUUAUGGCAGCUCCCACUACACAGUUUGGCUGUGAAAGAUGAGAAAGUUGGGGUGACUGUUUUCUGUUAUUCUUUGCUCGAGGGAAUGGUGUUGCCAUGUGUAAGACGAGUGCGGAAGUUCAUGGCAGCCCAACCUGGCAUCAUUUUGAAAGCAGAGACAUUAGGCCAUAAGAGAUUYGGGAAGCUUGUGUAUGAGUUAAGGAAAAGGCAUAUCCAAAGUUGUAGGAUGCUAAGGAAGGUAUGGGAUGAGAAUAGAGCAACAUUUUACCGGGAAGUUUUGGAYUGGUUUGACGAGGGAUUUCAGAAUGAUUUUGAUGAUUUAUGGGAAAAUAUGCAGGGAGAAGUACGUUUAGAUCCCGAACAACGGUUUGUGAAGAAAGAGAAAAGCAGGAGUUGAUGUUGGCAUCGUCGUCUUAUGUCCAACAGCAUGGUGUAACAUUUUUGAGCCACAAAUACAAAUCUGAGURAUAUUUAUUUAUAUAUUAUGACAAAGGAAAGGAAGACACAGUUUUGAGUAGCAAAUAGAUGAUGCUAGGUUGUAUUUUUGGAUGGUAACAAUGACAUUUUGUUAUGAAUGAUAUUUUUGCCUAUUUGAUGCAAAGUUGAUAUCUAAA